AUGACUUCCAACUAUAUCCAGGAGGUGUUUUCGCUGAACGGCAAGUUUGCCAUCCUCACCGGUGCCACCGGGGGACUUGGAUCAGCAAUGGCGAUCGCACUGGCCAAGGCCGGUGCUUCUAUCGUCUCGAUCGAACUUCCAAAUGAUCCCAACUCCGCCAGUCUCGCCCAGGCCGUCAGUGAUGCAGGUAGCACCUUCCAGCCCUUUUAUUGUGAUCUUGGAAACGCAGAAGAGCUACGCAGCUGUUUCUCAAGCAUCUGGGCUGCUGGAAUCGUUCCAGACAUUCUGGUCAAUAGCGCAGGUGUGAUGCGUCGCAAUGCGUGCGAGGACGCAACUGACGAGGAGCUCAACUUGAUCCUCGAUAUCAACGUCAAGUCUUUCUAUAUCUCAUGCCAAGAGUUUGGCCGUAGACUCCUGUCUCUGAAUCGACCUGGAAAGGUUAUCAACAUUGCCUCAGUCACUGCAUUCCAAGCAAACAAAAACACCAGCAUCUACUCUACGUCCAAGGGUGCAAUUAUCCAAAUGACCAAGGCUUUCAGUAAUGAAUGGUCAAGCAAGGGUAUUCAGGUCAAUGCCAUAUCCCCAGGAUUUAUGACAACCCCAAUGACUGAGGCUUAUUCAAAGGAUACUGUCAUCACAUCUUAUUUGAUGAGCAGAGUUCCAAUGGCUCGAUGGGGAGCAGCGACCGAGUUAAACUCUGCUGUACUCUUCCUUGCCGCGCCCGGAAAUACCUUUACAACUGGAAUAUCCGUGGCAGUGGAUGGAGGUUUCUGUGGGAAGUGA